GAUAAAGACCCAGUCCCUUCAAAAGCGUCGGUACAACAAUGAUAAUGUCUUCGUCUGACAUCUUGACACUUCUGCGUAGGCGGUCCACAGAUUUUAACUGUGAAAGCAGGUUUUCGUCUGUUCUAACGUAGAAUCGGUUGGGGCGGUCCAUAUACGCAUGCUUCCUCCAUUUCAAUGUAUUGGCGUUGGUCGAUAAAGUCUUUAACCACCCCAUGCAACGGGAGAUCGCUGAUUUGCUUGACUGUGGCUGACCAAGGUGGCGUGUGGCAUGGCUUUGCCGGUAACGAUAGUGUAAAGGGAGGGCGUUGCAAAGAUUCUUGGAGUUGUGGCAGUAUAUUCGGUGACAUGAGAAAAUUGGUUUCUGGGCCACGGGAAUCUGUUAAAGCAACUGGAGCUGUGUCAUAUAGAUCCGUUAUGAGCAAAGGUCUUUUCUUCGAAAGUUGUUGCUCUUGUAAGGCAAAUAAGAUUGCCUCUUCAUACGAUCGCUUGUGCCGUCUUGUUUUAUCGCGGUGGCUUCCACCUGGCAGUGUACCAGUCACCGAGCGUUUUACUCCUCGCUUAUGUCAGAAGGCAUACAAUUUUCUGGCUAGUCUUCGUUCUUCCGACGCUUUUGGGUCAUCUUUCGGAGAUAGCUCCUCUGGUCGGCUGUGUCAACAUUCCUGCAAGCACCUCGGUGCUUGCAGACGAACUUCUUCUGUAGGGGCUCGAAGCUUGAACGUUGAAAACAGUAUUAAAGUGUUUGCUGUGCAAGUUGAGAGCAACUCGGAUAUCCUUCCUCCGCGCAUGCACUCUGUCCUUCGGGAUGCCAUUCUCAGUGUCUUUAACAAGCCUCUUGAAAGCUUCCACGAGAACAUUGCUGGCAUUAACGGAAAUCUCGUUGUGAUAGGUGUUCACUUCUCGAAUCAUAUGUUUGGAAUAAACCUCGGGAUAGCUCGAUAAGAGAAAGAUUCUGUUAACAAAUCAGUAAGCAAGCUUGAAUUCGAGUGUACGUCACCAAAUUUACUGGUUCUCUUGCUUACUUGUAGAAGCUUUCCAGGACCUGUCAAUGCCCGGGAAGUUCGUUCCAUUCUUCUACAGGAACUCACCGGUACUUGACUAGGGUUGCGAUAGCUUUUC